AUGGGCCGAUUCAGCAACCAAUCUUGGUGGUACGACGGAUACUCUUUCAACGAGUGCGACUGGUGUUGCCGGAGGUCGGGGUGGUAUCGACGGCCGUGCAACUACCGCAUGUAUUGGAGCCCAGAUGUAGAAAAGCUAGAGGCGUGCGAGCGCGUGCGCAUGGAGAACGCAGCCAAACGAAACAAGACGCUGCCCAAAGUCUACAGGAGGGUAAUGGCGGCGGCAGCCGAGGCCAAGGCUAAGGAAGCUCCGAGCUCGAGCGUCCGGACGAUUACUGAGGUCUCGCCUGUUGACGGUCUGGACGAGCUUGAUAUGAUAGCUGAGGUCGACAGCGAGACGGAGACGGAGAAGGUGGAGGUCGUAUCGCCGUUGCCAGCUGCAUCCAAGUCAACGCCAAAGCCGGGACAUUAUCACGAGGUCAACACAAAGAUAGCACAACAGCCGAAGCGACAAGCAAAAUCGUGCACCGGACAAAAGCCCAUAAUUGAUGAGGGCGUUAGUCUGGCAUCUGACGAGGACGGCGACGUCGCAAGAUUGCAUGCCGCGAACCGGAAAGCGUGGCCGCGGGGCAAGGAGGCCAUCGCAGCCGAUGGCACUCUAGAGGACAGGGAGAUUGCGGAACUUGUCCGUCGGGGAUUCAUUGGCGCCGAGGACCUUCAGGUGGAUCAUGAUGACUUCGGGGAGGACCAGUGGUGUCCGUACACUGUUCGGUUUAUGGAGCCAAGGAAGAAGGGGAGGAAGGGGGAUAAUCGUCGGCGGCAAGAGGCUCAACUUGUAGCACCUGCGCCGUUGGACCCAGAGUCGGACUGGUGGUAUCUCGACGACAAGGCGUAUGCUCAGCUUCUGGUUGAUGGCGGGUUCGAGUUGGUGGACUGGAGCGAAGCGUCGUCGUUUGUACAUGUGGAGUAA